UUUGCAGUGGCACGUCGUCGACGCAAGGAUGGAAGACAACGUCGUCAACGCACAACUUUUAGCACAGAGCAGACGUUGCGUCUUGAGGUGGAAUUUCAUCGAAAUGAAUACAUUUCACGCAGCAGAAGAUUUGAAUUGGCCGAAACUUUACGUCUUACAGAAACACAAAUUAAAAUUUGGUUUCAGAAUAGACGCGCCAAGGAUAAACGCAUUGAGAAAGCACAAAUUGAUCAACAAUACAGAAAUUUUGUCGUGGCCAAUGGUUUUAUGACAACUUUAAUAGGGCAUGGAACUGGCUACCAUCAUAACCCAGCAAUGAUAACGAAUUUCCAUCAAAAUUUCUAUCAACAACAACAUCAGCAAAGAGCAGUGACAGGCACUCCGGCGCUGCAUACAGGACGCAUAAGUUCGCAGGAUAUCACUAACGCAAAUCAAACGAACAACAAUACUAUCACACAACCU